AUGCACCAGACGCCGUCCAGGAAAGCCAAGACGCCGGGCACAGUGACCCAAAAGCUACUCCAGACGCCGGGCACGGUGACCCGAAAACUACUCCAGACGCCGGGCACGGUGACCCGAAAACUACUCCAGACGCCGGGCACGACGCCGGGCACGGUGACCCGAAAACUACUCCAGAUGCUGGGCACGGUGACCCGAAAGCUACUCCAGACGCCGGGCGCAGUGAUCCAAAAGGGACUAAAGAUGCCAGUCAGGCUCCAGACAUCGGGUACAGUGACCCAAAGUCAGGUUACCACCUCAGGAAUCACACCAGGUCCUGGGGGCACUACUCCACAGCCCACAGGGGGCUCUCCUGAAGAACAGCCUACAACGACUCCAGGCCCUAAGCCCAGUCCCACCUUCAGAACUCAGGAGACAUUUGCCACACCAGCCACUUCCGCUGCAGUUGAUGGGGGUAAAUCAACCACCAGCAAGGAAACAGCCUUUCCUGGGACCACUGCCCCCACAGCCACGCUGACCAUUGGAGGAUCCUCCAGCUCUAGCCCAAAGCUGACUCCCACCAUCCCUCAGGGCUCCAGCCCCCCUUCGUCCCCUUCAGCUCUUUUCAUAUGUGAGGCACCAAUAGAACCAGAUGAGACGAUGCUCAUCCUGAACCUCACCAAGACCAGCCUCUGUGUGAGUAUCCCCUAUCCUAUCCCAGAGGCAGCUCCCAGGGCGGCAGAGAGCCCUCAAGAAGAGAAACUGCACAAUGUUCUAUGCAAAACAGUCAAAACCUCCUUCAACCCAGCUCGGGACCAGUGCCUCAUAUGGCUGGCGCCUGUUCCAGACAGCCAGGCGGUGGUGGUCAAGCACAUCUCUGUCAAGAAUGCCCGGGCCCCCGUCUCCCUCCCGUGGCACCUCACUCUGGGCCACAGUAGUGAGCACGGCACCCCUUCCUGCUCUCCCCCAGCAAACUUCCUGCCCAAGGACAUCUAUGAGUUGCUGAAGGACAAGUGGGCUGACUUACAAGAGGUGGGGGUCAGUCACAUGCAACUUGGAGACCAAGGGCCCCCUGUGGUUGAAGUCGAUCGGUUCAGCAUGCCCCUCAUCAUCACCAUUGUCUGCAUGGCCUCUUUCCUGCUCCUGGUCGCCGCCCUGUACGGCUGCUGCCACCAGCGCCUCUCCCACAGGAAGGACCAGCAACGCCUGACUGAGGAGCUGCAGACGGUUGAGAAUGGUUACCAUGACAAUCCAACGCUGGAGGUGAUGGAGACCUCAUCGGAGAUGCAGGAGAAGAAGGUGGUCAACCUCAAUGGGGAGCUGGGGGACAGCUGGAUCGUCCCUCUGGACAACCUGACCAAGGAUGACCUAGAUGAGGAGGAGGACACACACCUCUAA